AUGACCUACAAAGUGCUCAUCGUACUCUCUGACGCACACGCGUUCCCCGUCAAGAAGAAAGACGGGACUGUCGUUGAGGAAGAGACGGGUUUCUUCCUUCACGAGCUUGCUGCACCGCUCACCAAGCUCCUCGAUUACGGUAUACAAGUCACUUUUGCUUCUCCCGAGGGACGUCAACCGCAGCCAGAUCCGCUCUCUGUCUCACCUCUUGCCUUCCUUGGAGCUUGGUGGGUUCGAAAUCGCGAAAAUGAACUCAUUAAGAAGAUGGAGCUGGAAAACAACCUCCUACACCCGCGUCCUUUCAAGACAAUCACGGCCGAUGAAUUGGAAUCAUUUGAUGGCGUAUUCAUUCCGGGCGGACAUGCGCCGCUGAGCGAUCUCGGCCAGGAUCCAGAACUCGGCCGUAUCCUUCUUCACUUCCACGACCGGGGCAAGCCCACAGCGGUGAUCUGUCAUGGACCGUAUGCCCUGCUAUCAACCAAGCACGCGCCGGGAUCAACCGGCUUUGCAUACACCGACUACAAUAUCACAUCUUGGUCCAACACGGAGGAGAAGCUCGUCGAAUACAUAAAGGGAGGCGAGAUUCCAAAGGUAGAAACUGCCCUCGACCAAGCUGGCGCAAAUAUGAUCGAGGAUGCUGGCACAAAGUUCGGCAAGAUCACCGUCGACCGAGAGCUGGUCAGUGGCGCGAACCCAAUGGCCGCUAACGUGCUUGGCGACAAAUUCAUUGAAAUGAUCAAGCUGCAUAGCGGGCUGGAGAGAAGCGUGGCCUAG